AUGCUAACUGACGACUCUCGCCCUCCCCUAGCCAGUUUUAAGUCCGAGAAGCUACCUCCCCUCUCAUCUAGCCAUAGUGAGUUAGCUGUCCACAAGCCACUGGCCACUUACAUCAGCUCUCCCCGUCCUCCGGAUAAAACUUUGCGCGGUCACACAACGGACUGUCAGUCGAACAGUCCAUCUACAUUCACGAUUUCUUACUUACCUUCUUCACGGCGUCGUACAAGCAUACCGUUACGUGCUUUGCACACAAACUUUCAACCCGACGCAUCCACGACAGAAACCACUAGUCACUGCAAGCAGAACAAGAUAGUAACUCGUUCCCGCUCAUGCUCAUCGUCCUCGUCGCCUCUGUGUAAGGUCUCCGGCAAUCCCUCUAGCGAAUCAAUUGACCAGCCGAAUGACUUAGAGAGUCGUUGGCCGAUCGAGCAGCAAGCUACUUGUGAAGGAGACUCAUCGCAUGCGUUGACACGCCAAGCUGUUCGAAGAAAGAGAGGAUCUCUGCUGAGCCAAUCCGACGUUAUUGAAGAAAAGUCUGGGCAAAGUCUUAUCCCUCGCGAAGAAAUAGAAAUACCUUCACCUGGACUGCGUACCAUAUCCAGAGCCGAGCAUUUCUUGGCUGCCAUGAUGUCGAACGGAGAAAGACAGAUGCGGGGCCUCACAGGCAAGCCACUAGUAUAUUUCACAAGCAUUUUUGUUUCCCUUGGGGUCUUCUUGUUUGGUUAUGAUCAGGGUGUUAUGUCAGGUAUUAUCACUGGCCCUUACUUCAAGGAUUUUUUCAAUCAGCCCACACGCGCAGAAGUUGGAGCAAUUGUAGCUAUCUUGGAGGUUGGUGCAUUUUUUUCAUCAUUAGUGGUCGGAAAAGUAGGUGAUAUUAUUGGUCGACGAAAGACAAUUCUCUAUGGCUCUAUGAUCUUCUUUGUUGGUGGAGCAUUACAGUCAUUCGCGAAUGGUUUGUUGAUGAUGCUGAUGGGCCGCAUCAUUGCUGGAGUGGGGGUAGGCAUGCUAUCAACAAUUGUGCCUGUGUAUCAAUCCGAAAUAUCUCCGCCGCAUAAUCGGGGAAAGUUGGCGUGCAUCGAAUUUUCCGGAAAUAUAAUUGGUUACGCCACUUCUGUAUGGGUUGAUUAUUUUUGCAGCUUCAUCGAUAGCGAUUAUUCUUGGCGAAUUCCUCUAGUUAUGCAAUGCGUAAUGGGGGCUCUACUCGGGUUUGGAAGCUUGCUUAUCGUGGAAUCACCUCGGUGGCUGCUAGAUAAUGACCAUGACGAAGAAGGAAUUGUCGUCAUUGCUAAUCUUUAUGGAGGGGGAGAUAUUCAUAACACAAAAGCUCGGGAAGAGUUCCGCGACAUAAAAAUGAAUGUCCUAAUGCAACGGCAGGAGGGCGAGAAAACAUAUUUAGAGAUGUUCCGUCGCUACAGGACGAGGGUAUUUAUUGCUAUGUCCGCUCAAGCUUUUGCUCAGCUAAACGGAAUCAAUGUUAUCUCAUACUAUGCUCCGUAUGUCUUCGAAUCUGCGGGAUGGGUAGGGCGCCAGGCUAUACUCAUGACGGGCAUCAACGGCCUGACAUAUCUUCUAUCCACUAUUCCGCCAUGGUACUUAGUAGAUGUGUGGGGUCGACGGUUCAUCCUUCUCGGGGGUGCCAUACUUAUGAUGCUUUCUCUCAGCGCUAUCUCAUACUUUUUGUAUCUCGAUAUACACUGGACACCUACACUAGUUGUGAUUUUUGUCAUGAUUUACAAUGCUGCAUUCGGAUUCAGCUGGGGUCCAAUCCCUUGGCUCUAUCCGCCCGAAAUAUUACCACUCAGUAUUCGCUCCAAAGGUGCUAGCCUAUCAACAGCUACUAAUUGGGCUUUUAACUGGCUUGUCGGAGAAAUGACACCAGUGCUUCAAGAGUGGAUUACAUGGCGCUUAUAUCUCCUCCAUGCCUUUUUUUGCGCAACAAGUUUCGUUGUGGUUUAUUUUACCUAUCCAGAAACAGCUGGAAUUCGACUAGAAGACAUGGGUGCAUUAUUUGGCGAUGCAACAAAUGCGGUUUCUACGCCUGCUCAAAUUGCUGAGACAGGAUCGCUUCUCGGUGCAAGUUCACCUGUUCCUUCCAUGGAUUUGAGGCGAGGCCAGUUUGGAGGCGGAACUCCGAGAUUAGGACCCACUAUAUCUUCGCCGGGAAUUGAAUAUGAUCCUCCACAUGUAAAUAUUCAGAACGGCAAACCACAGUACUCUGAGGAUAAUGAUAGUGUACUAGAGGGCGUUGGUGGCUGGAUAUCUCGAAUGGUAGGUAGAGGUGACGCGAGUAUUCGAAGUGGCAAAAGUGGGAGAUACAAUCAACUAGAUCAAGAAGAGUAG